CCUCCUUUUCCAACAAUGGCAGAAAUGGCCUGCUCCGCUGCCGACCUCCACCUCCUCCUCGGCGGCUCAGCCAACGCCACUGCCGUCGCCGAGUACAUCUGCAGCCGAUUCGACUCCGUCUCGACAAAAUUUGUGGACACAAGCUACGCGGUUGACAACACAUACCUUUUGUUUUCAGCAUACCUUGUGUUUGCAAUGCAGCUUGGAUUUGCAAUGCUUUGUGCUGGGUCAGUUAGAGCCAAAAAUACAAUGAAUAUUAUGUUAACAAAUGUGCUUGAUGCAGCCACUGGUGGAAUAUUUUAUUAUGUGUUUGGCUUUGCUUUGGCCUUUGGAACACCUUCAAAUUCCUUCAUUGGACAACAUUAUUUUGGGCUUUCACAGUUCCCUUCUUCUUCAUUUGAUUAUGGCUUCUUUCUGUUUCAAUGGGCUUUUGCAAUUGCUGCUGCUGGAAUUACAAGUGGAUCCAUUGCUGAAAGAACUCAGUUUGUUGCCUAUUUGAUAUAUUCCUCUGUUUUAACUGGUUUGGUAUAUCCAAUCGUUUCUCAUUGGUUUUGGUCGUCCGAUGGGUGGGGAAGUGCUGCUCGGUCCGAUAACCUCUUAUUUGGCUCCGGCGUAAUCGACUUCGCCGGCUCCGGCGUCGUCCACAUGGUCGGCGGCAUCGCCGGUUUAUGGGGCGCCCUCAUAGAAGGGCCUCGAAUCGGCCGAUUCGAUCACGCCGGCCGCUCCGUCGCCCUCCGUGGCCACAGCGGCACACUGGUAGUUCUCGGCACUUUCCUCCUCUGGUUCGGCUGGUACGGCUUCAACCCCGGUUCAUUCCUCAACAUCCUUAAAGCCUACGGCCACCCUGCAGCCCCUUAUUACGGUCAAUGGAGUGCCAUCGGCCGCACCGCCGUCACCACAACCCUCGCCGGCUGUACGGCAGCACUAACCACUCUCUUCGGCAAACGCCUCCUCGUCGGUCACUGGAAUGUCACCGACGUUUGCAAUGGUUUAUUAGGCGGAUUCGCCGCCAUAACCUCGGGCUGCGCGGUGGUGGAUCCAUGGGCAGCGAUUGUUUGCGGGUUUUUCUCAGCCUGGGUUUUGAUCGGAUUCAACAAAUUAGCGGAGAAAUUGAAGUACGACGAUCCAUUAGAGGCGGCGCAAUUGCACGGCGGAUGUGGGGCUUGGGGGAUUUUGUUCACAGGGUUAUUUGCAAAACAAGCAUAUGUUAACGAGAUUUAUCCAGGGUUGCCGGAGAGGCCGUACGGGCUGCUUAUGGGAGGCGGCGGGAGGUUGUUAGCGGCUCAUUUGGUGCAAAUUUUAUCGAUUAUUGGUUGGGUUAGUUUGACAAUGGGGGUUGUUUUUUGGUUGUUGCAUAAGUUUCAGUUGCUGAGGAUCACGGCGGAGGAGGAGAUGGCCGGAAUGGAUUUGACGAGCCACGGCGGUUUGGCUUAUGUGUAUAAUGAUGAAGAGAAGCUUUGAGGGGAAAAUAAUGAUGAAGAGAAGCUUUGAGGGGAAAAUAAUGAUGAACGACUAUUGCUUUGUCUUUCCUGUACAUGUUUAUUUGAUUUCUUAAGCUUUGUUGUAUAUGUGGGUUUAGUUUAAAUUGUUUUUCUUUCUUUGUAAUGGGGUUGUAAUCGUAGCUUUUGAUUUCAUACGGAUGAUAAAUAGUUGUGUUUUUCUUUUCUUAGAGUGGAUUAUAUUUUCGAUGAUUAAAAGGAAAUUGAACUAAUUUUCUAGAAA